UACGACCUUUUGUAGCUACAGCAGUUACUAUUGUACUAGAUCUACUAUCUAUCUAGUAGAUCUAGUUAGUUUACUUUCAUCUAUUAUGCAGCAGAUAGACAGGUGUACAAGGAGAUUCAUCCUCUUCGCUAUUUUCCUCCUGCUUUUUGUGAUAUUAUUGGUACCCUUAUGGCGUCACCUGGAUCCGCAAACAACAAGGAGACAACAGCAGCUACCAGUGAUAGAUCCAGUUGUUUAUGCGCAUCAAAAGAAGGCCGUCAGUCCUGGUUCCCUAUCCCAAAAAAUUUCUCCUGAUCAUCCAUCAAGCCACAGUGACCUCUGGAUAGACUUGGAUCCAGAAAAGAUGACAAUAAUUCGAAGAACUGUAUUUUUUGAUUCUAGGAAACACUUUGGUCCUCAAAUAGUUAUAAUUUCUAUGCACCACGAUGCCAUUAAAGAGGAAAAACUAAACUUGUAUGCAAGGAUACCACAAACUAGUAGUGACAGUUAUAAUAAGGACAGGGGAUUCCAUUGCUUAAAAGUAUCUAAAUGGAAGCAAGUGGGUUGGGUAAGAGAGGACAUACUACCCCCUGAGACUUAUGUUGCUUAUCUCUUACGAAUCAAAGACUCAGUAGCUCUUAAUGAAGUUCCUCCAUACAUUGAACUAACCACUGAUAAAGAAUGUAGGAAAGAUAUGCUGCCUAAAAUGCCUGUGUUCUACGACCAGAGACCCAGAGAUGGGGUUUUUGCCGCUUGUACACAAAAGGGUCUGUUGGACGUGUUACACCUGAAGAAGUGA